AUGGUGUUCGCCAGCACCGCGUGCUGCUGGGGAGCUCCAGUGACCGCUACAAACCGUGCCGAGGCAACUCUCAAACGGUUCUGGAAGACAGUUAACAUCGAGCCACAAGGGGAUUCUUUAACUGUGAAGUUGGACAACCGAGCUCUGAAGACACCGUCCGGACACCCCCUCCUCGUUCCACAGUACAAGAAACUCGUCGCGACUUUGAUUGCCUCCGAAUGGGAGAACCAGACAUCUAUUUUGAAGCAUCAUGCCCUCCCUAUGACUUCACUCACUGCGCGUGCAAUUGACGCCAUGACAGAUGAGGCCACUCGUACAGAGACUCGUGCCGCUCUUUUGAAGUAUCUCGAUACCGAUACAAUAUGCUUCCACCAGGAUGACCCUCCACCUUUGGUCCGUCUGCAAGACGAGCACUGGAUCCCCUUGUUAGACUGGGCCCGCUCGGAGUUCAACGUCGAAAUCAAGACUUUUGACUCCGUCCUAUUCCAUGCCCAGCCGAAAGAGACGAAACAAAAAUUUGACGAAGUGAUGAGUAAGUUCGAUCCUUGGCAAAUGGCAGCCAUGGAGCGGGCAACCUACACUACAAAGUCUUUCAUUAUUGCGUUCGCACUGGUGCACAAACGUAUCACCGCGGAGCAAGCUGCGCUGGCCACGCAGGUAGAAGUAUCUAGUCAAAUAGAGCGAUGGGGUGAAGUAGAAGAUUCGCACGAUGUAGACUAUCACGAUGUCAGGCGCCACGUAGCAAGUGCUGCCUGUCUGCUGUCCAACCUUUAG